CUGCCAUCCACUCCUGUCUGUUGUACCUGCUUGGCUGCUUAACUUACCUAUCAGUCACUUUUAUUCACUGGUAACAACAUCACCGACAGAAAAAAUGAUGCCGUUUUGUUUCAAAGUCGGCGUGCAGGUGCGUUUUGAAGAAAACAUGUGAAGUGUCCGUUUGGUUUCAGUAUUUUUGCUGUUUAGCUGAGUCCAUUUUGCGUCUAACUGGAAGUGGAAAAAGACAAAGAGAAAACAGCUUUCCAACAGCUAGAAUGGUUUGGGCCUAAAAAGAAGACAAGAGCAACAUGAACCGUGAGGACCGGAAUGUGCUCCGAAUGAAAGAAAGAGAAAGGAGAAAUCAAGAAAUACAACAGGGAGGAGGAGAGGCCUUUCCAGCAAAUUCCCCCCUCUUCCCUGAACCCUACAAAGUGGUUAGUGUCAGCAAAGCAGAUAUACUGUCCAACCGUAUUCAGAGCAUGUUGGGCAAUUACGACGAGAUGAAAGAGCCGAUUGGUGACACUCUUCCAAAGCUUCCGGGUAAACCUUCAAACAGCUCGUCUUCCUCUGAAGAGAAGUCCGGCCCGCCUUUAUUUGGCGGGGACCAGCGUGGUAUUGGUAGUGGAGGUGGUAGCCAGAGCAGUAAGUGGACUCCUGUAGGCCCAGCAGCGGGAGGAUCUUCAUCUCAGUCACAGAAACGUUCCGGAACCGCAGGCGGACACAGUAGCCUGAGGAACAGCGGCAGCAGUAGCGGCAGCAGCAGUAGCCAGAGAGGAGAAGCGCGAGAAAAGAAAUCCAGUAAGCACAGCGGAGGCUCGGAGCACUCAAAGUCACACACUUCAAGUCCAGCGAAGGGUUCGUUGAGUUCCUCUGGCAGCCACUCACGAAGCUCCUUGUCUGCUGAGCAGCAUCACCCUAAGUAUCGCAACAAGUCACCUAGAGACAGGGAGGCCAACUGGGAUUCCCCCUCACGGGUUCACACAUCAUUCCCUAGUGGACAGCACUCGAGUCAAGCCUUCCCUCCAUCUCUCGUCAAGCCCAGCUCAAUGCUGCAAAAGCCCACAGCUUACGUGCGGCCUAUGGAUGGCCAAGAAACGGCGGAACCCAAGAGCUUACAAUCCGAAAGCUACGGCGGGCAGUCUCACAGCAGCACCAUGGGAGAAGUGAAGUCCAUCGGCAAAGCUUCCCUUACAAAACUCAAGAUCCCCUCACAGCCUGUUGAGGGAUCCGGUGAUGCCAACUGUGUCGACGAAAUCCUAAAGGAAAUGACUCAGUCAUGGCCUCCUCCACUUACAGCCAUCCACACUCCCUGCAAAACAGAGCUCUCCAAGUUUCCAUUCCCCACCAAGGAUGCACACUCUUUUCAAAGUGGACAUAAGCGAGGCAGUUCUUCAAAGAGCUCCAGCAGCCAUCAGCCUAAAGAAAGCACCAUGCUGAAAGAAGAUUUAAUAGUAAGCAGCAGUGAGGACAGCGAUGGAGAACAAGAAUCCAAGAACGCCUCAAGGAACACGUCAGCAAGCAAUAACAGUGAAGCUGCCGAGCCAACCAGGGACGACUCCAGCAGCCACAGCGGCUCGGAGAGCAGCUCUGGUUCCGACAGCGAGAGCGAAAGCAGCACGACAGACAGCGAAGCUAACGAGCGCCCGCGGACCGCCUCUCCUGAACCUGAACAGCCUGUGACCAACAAGUGGCAGCUGGAUAACUGGUUCAAGAACGUUCCAGCAAAAUGUAAGAAAGAAGGCCGAGAUUACAGGUCAGAGGACUCAGCACCACCACCACCUAGCAGGGAAAAGGGUGCAGAGGGUGGCCGUGGCCGACAGAAGUCCCCCGCCCAGAGCGAAGGUGGCACAAAUCCUAGAAUACGAGUUGGUAAAAAGCAGCCUAAAAAGUCGGAGAAGCCUCCUGUGGUGGAGGAACCCAAGGGAGGUCUAAAAGUGGAGACCGAGCCAGCUCCAGAGAUACCUUCUCACCGGCCGAUUGCCCCCACCAAAGGCUCACGCAAACCAAGCAUCAAAAAAGAAUCCAAGUACUCUCCCAGGCCCCCGUCAACUUCCGUCAAUACCACUACAGACAAACGCAAGACCAAGGCACCCACCAAGACCCCUCAGUCUCGUGAAAUUAUUUCUACAGACUCUUCUUCAUCAGAUUCAGAGGAAAACGAUAGCAUCCCAUCCUCGUCGCAGACUCCCAAGUAUACGGAGAGCAUCAGGACCCCCGUGUGUGUGUUUUCUCCUGUGUUGUCUCCGCUCAGUGACCCCGAGGAACGCUACCCCACAAGACAACCUCAGCAGCAGGUUUUACUCGUCAAGAUUGAUCUCAGCUUGCUGUCGAGGAUCCCAGGGCGGACCUACAAGGAGCCUGCAGAGAUUAAAGUGGAGAGGGAAGACUCUCACGACCGAGAAAGCAGCAAGGACAUCAGCAAGCAGAGCAAGUCCAAGAGGAAACACAAGACCGACGAGGAAGGCUCAAAGCCAGAGAGUAAGCGAUUCAAGCCUGACGAUAAAACUCAGUCUCCUCAUAAAACCAGCAGUAAAGAGUCAAAGAGACCUUUAGAGAAGAAAGAGGAGCCUGUACCCUCUCCUUCCAUAUCCGGUCCUCAGCGGACGCCUAAGUCAGAGCAUCCGAGCCGAAAGGGGACAGUCAACCAGUCAUCCACGUUGCUAUCAAGCGGCAGCACAAGUAAAAAAGCAGUGAGCCACAGCAGCAAGGGCAGCUCCACCUCCAAACACAAAAAAGGAGAGGACAAGGGACGCAGCACACGCGAGGGCAAGGUUGAUGAGAAAAUAUCAUCUAACCAAAUGGCUGUGCCCCCUCUUCCCACGGAUGGUUCUAGGUCUCAGAGAUCCAAGAUGCUGUUUGAGGACAGGGUUCAUUCCGCUGAUCACUACUUACAAGAAGCUAAGAAACUCAAGCACAAUGCAGAUGCACUGACGAACCGUUUUGAAAAGGCAGUGUACUACCUUGAUGCUGUGGUCUCAUUCAUUGAAUGUGGUAAUGCUCUGGAGAAGAGCGCCCAGGAAGCCAAGUCACCCUUCCCGAUGUACGCUGAAACAGUGGAGCUUAUCAGAUACACUAUGAAGUUAAAAAGCUACAUGGCCCCAGAUGCUACUUCAGCAGACAAGAGGCUAGCUGUGCUUUGUCUUAAAUGCCAGUCCCUUCUCCAUCUGCGGUUGUUCAAGCUGAGGAAAGACAGUGCUCUAAAAUACUCCAAAACACUCACAGAACAUUUGAAGAAUUCUCUGAGUAACACCCAGGCUCCCUCUCCUGGAAUGGGAAAUAAGGCGGCAGGUAUGCCCUCUCCAGUUUCGCCAAAACUCUCACCAGGCACAGCAAGUAGCUACUCGUCAGUCAGCAGCAACAGCAGUGGCAGCUCGUCUGUGACCAUACCUCAGCGUAUCCACCAGAUGGCUGCCAGCUACGUCCAGGUCACCUCCAACUUCCUCUACGCCACAGAGAUCUGGGACCAGGCUGAGCAAGUUGCCAAGGAGCAGAAGGACUUCUUCUUGGAGUUGGACAAAGUGAUGGGUCCUCUGAUCUUCAACACCAGCAGCAUGACAGAACUGGUGCGUUACACUCGGCAGGGUCUCCACUGGCUGCGACUGGACGCUAAUCUUAGCCACUAGCGAGGACUUGUUCGCUGCAAGCUGCUUCCUCAAACUCACCUCAGCCUUUCAUGCUUUGCAGCCUGUGCUCAAAGACACAACAAACAUGCACACAAAUAUAUGUACUGUAUACAAACACACACCAACACAGCCCACCUCUGGUCCUCCAUGUAUUCUUACACAUGGUUAACCUCUGAGACAUAUCUCCAACACUGUGUCCAUUUUUAUGCACCAGCUUGCCAAAAAGAAAAAAACUGAGCAAUUUAGGACAUCUCACACCUUCAGCGGCAACGCGUCAAAACUCAAGAGCUGAUCGCCACGCUUCACAUUUCAGCGACCCUAUGAAAAUCUUCAAGGCCCUGUUUUUAUCUGUUCUGUAUAAAAGUGAUUGUUUCUUAUAAGUACACUAAACCUGGGAUUUUUGUUUCUUUUUAGGCUACUUUGGCUUUUAACUUCUUUUUUUUUCAACUUUAUUUCACCAAAGUACCUCCCAGAAACACCAAAGGUGCUUUAAAAUGAAGGUUUCUCUUUAUCAUUUUUGUGCCUUGUAAAUGAGCUACAGGAAAACAGUCACCAAUAAGAUUUGAUUUCUUUUUAUAUGUGUUUCUUCACUUGCUGGUAUUUAAGUCAUCAAUUAGUAGUUAAUUGAAGCUGGCAAUUAUACUUUUUAACAGUUAUGCAUAUUUUUAAAGUGAUUGUAAAAUGUCUUGGAAGGAUUCUGACAAAAAUAUUAAGAAUACUAGAUGGGUCUUCAUGUCAAACUUUAAUCAGAGGCUGUUUUUAGAAUCAGGAACUUCUCAAAAUGUAGAUUGUUGUUUUCAAAAUGCAUAAGAUAGCAAAUUUAAACUUAUUGUAUCAACUGGAAGAUUUUUACCUUUUUGAAGAUUAAAAUUUCUGCUCCUGAGAGACACUUUUAUUGCUAUAUUGUUUAGACAUUUUCUCAAGCAAGGGUCACUCCCACAUAGUGUUAUUCCCAUUUUUUUGAAAUCCUUUUAACAGUGUAUUUUUCUAAGGAACAGCAGGGAUUGUCAUAAGUAUUGCAGAUUGUGUCCACACAUACAAUGCAAAUGCAGUUAUUUAUUUUGAAUUUUUUAAAACAAACCAAGGUUUUUUUGAAUCGUCAAGACUAAAACAAAUUAAGUAAAAAGUAGAGGUUUUCUUUCUUAUAAGGGGAAAAUCUAAUCAUUGACAGAGAUUAGCAGUGUUGUAUUUAUGUGAUAAAGAUUUUGUAUAUCUCAGAUAAGAAAUAUAAUGACCACUAUAGAUUCUAUUUAUAUGCCAAGCAGAUCAUUUUUCUUCUAGCUAGUGCAAAAUGAAAGAUUUAGUUGGCGUUUAGUAUAUGAACAAGUCUUUGUACUGGUAUUGUUUCUAAACGAUGACAUUUUUAAAACAAAUCAUACUUGUCUUACAAAAAAAUAGCUGGUACAGCAGGCAAAGAGAUGCAUUGAGUAAAUAUAAAUGUUUGCUUUCCAUUUGCAAUCAUUGAUGCUUAUAAUGGUUAUAAUUGGAGAUGCACCAAUCAGGCCGAUAUCAGUUUCCUUUCCUCCAGAUUCCAAUUUUGACCAAAUUUGAUAUUUUGUUUCCCUUUUAAGUCCAUAAAAUGCGAAACAGGAAAACGUGUGUUGUUGCAGGUUCUUUGACAUAGAUUGUAGUUAUCAACUCAUGCAUCAAACCAAAUGUCUCUAACUUUUAUCUGUUUAUUAUUAAAUUCACAAAGUGCAUAAAAGUGCAAAAUGCUAUUGGUUUAUACUGAAAAUAAUGGGCAUUUUUCGAUUGGAGGCAUUCAGUUAACCUGGGAAAAAUCAGCUUUUUCUCAAUUUCACCUCCAGAGUGAGUGAAAAUUAGCCGAACCUGAUCUCUUACCGACUGAUUGGUGCAUCUGUAGUUAUAACUAUCCUGGGUGAUUAGAUGACAUUGUCACUACUUAGAGGAAUUAAAAUGUUUUGUUCCUGAGAAACCAUGCUGGAAAUCCCAAGCUUGGGCCAAAUAGUACUUGUGCUAAAAUCAUAAGUUGAUUUUUGCUACAAGGUAAGAAAGUGCCACAAAGUUUUGGAGAUUUAUUGAACCUUUUUUUUUAUUCUUGUUUCUGCAUUAAAACCUAAAUACUGUUUACUGUUUGGCCCAGCUUUUUCUUGUUGCUUAUAUAUUUUCCUUUUUUCACUGGCUCCCUGGACUUUUAUUGCUGGAGGGAAUACUGUUAUUUUCUCUUCCACUUAAAGAGGAGAAAGUCAGGAGAGGUAUUAUUUUUUGAUCUAUGCAGGAUUUCUACAAAAACAAACAAAAAAAUGUUUUCAGGAGUAAAGAUCAUUUUUAAGCUUAGGGGUUUUCUUCCUUUUUUCCACAUCAGUGACAAACCUGUUCAGCUCAAGCGGCCAUUGCCUUUAGCUUUUGCAAUUUUCUGUAGUGGUGUAUUAUACCUGUGUAUAUAAUUUUUUUUUUUUUUUUAUAACCAAACACAAAAGCUGGAGAGUCGUCUUUUCCUCAGUGGGUUUUGCCGACCCGAUCACUGUCUUCAUACACUGGUACACUUUGUAAGUUAAGAUGUGCGCCUUGUGCUUCCUACACUAUCUCGUAGUGAAAUGUAAGAAAAUAGCAUUAGAACGGUCUUUAACAGUUGCUACUCACGCUUAUUUAUUUUUCUGCCCAUUUGUUUUUCCCUGUUUCGCCUUUUUAAUGAUUAUGAUUUUAUGAAAGACGAAGAUGUAAAUGUAUUUGAGCUGUUUAUGAUGAGAUUUCAUUGUAAGUAGUAAUUAAUCUAACUUGAACGAAUCCAUGGUAAGAUGAAGUUGUUGCUUUUUUUUUUUUUUUUUUUUUUAUCCCCUUUUUUGGACGUUCAGUAGGAAGAUGUUAACACUUGCAUGUUUCUAUUUAAAUACAAUUGUACAAAUUGUAAAUAUAACAUUUCUUUCAGGGUGAAUUUCUACUACAGGUUGGCAUUUUUUACUAAAUUUAAAGAAAAAAAAUGCUGUAAAUAUAUUGUGAGAGACUUUAUGCACAUAUUUUUUUCUCCUCUUUCUCCCCUUGUUACAGAGGCAAUCCCAGUGUGUUAACACCAUAAAUCAAAUUGAUUUCGCCAUCUUUUUUCCAACGUGCUUGUAUACUUUGUCUCAUCAGAUCACCAUCGCCACAUCAUCGGUAGUCUCUCAAGUCCAAACGCAGACAUUUUUUUGUCCCCUCUGUAUUUGAUAUGGAGCCGUGUAUUUCAUUACGUGUAUAUCGUUGAGCUCACGUGUUGGAUGGAUAACAUGUACAGUCUGUCGUCUGCUUCCUCGUGAGAGAGAGAGAGAGGCGUGUAUUUACUGUGUCCAACAUGUCUUUUGAAACCGAGGUAUUUCGACCCACCUCAGAGCAGUUGUAGCAGUUUCUACAGUAUGUUGUAUAACCUUUCUAAGAGCAAAAGCCGUCUCCGUAGUGAGACCAGCAGCAUACAUGAUGUACAAUAAUCUGAAUUUGGCUACUUUUAAGAUGAACUGAUGAUAGAGAUACUAUAUAUGAUGGAUGCAAUAUGUUUUAAAGGUACCUGUUGAGUUUGAUCUUCAAACUCGGGUAAUGUAAUUUAAAAGCAUUCUUGUGAAGUGAGUAUUAAUUGUGACUAAUGAGAGUCUGUCCUAAAUAUUCUUUGUAUUUUGCCGUAUUGAGAAUAAAAUAUAUAUGGAUAUGUUUAA